UGCACUGGGAUUUAAAGAGUUAACGCUCCAGUUCCAUGGAUUGCCGAUAGUUCCAGGUACCUGUCUCAGAAGAGAAACUACAGAAUGAACUACAGCACCCAGAAGACUUUGCUGUUCCAUUUCCAUGCUCCAGUGGGGGCGAAAGAUAAGAUUGACUGGGAUUCAUGAGAUGGACUCUCUUUUUUGCCUUCCCUGUCUCUUUUUCUGCUUGUUUCUGCAGUGUGUGCUUCCCAGCCAUCCCGCCUACAGCAUUACAAGGUUGUGGUGAUCUGGAAUGCUGUGUCUUCUUAUAUCCUGGAACAGCUGAAGCUGGGCAAGGUGAGCUGGUGUCCUAGUGCCCCUUGUCCUGGAGGUGUUCAGUACUGCUGAGAGUAGUGGCCCCACAGAGCAAUCCCUCCCAGGGUACCAUGACAGCACAGCGAGCCCAGCCCAGGUGCCCAGAGCAGCUUCUUGGCCAGUUGGGAGAGAAACCCAAAUCCAGAGCUGCUCUCUGAGCAGAUGUUCAGCACAGCCCAGGGCUUUGCUCUGCCUUCUGAUCAGAAUGGGGAGAGGUAAUGGAGAAAUGGGGGAUUUUUCCAGGUCUGUGCCAAGGAUAAUCCUUGGGAAUCAGUCCCAGGCUUAACCUCAGUGCCAUAAAUCCCCAGGCUUUUCUCUAGCCAAGGGAUGAUGGCAAAUACUGUGUGGAGGUGAUUGUAAAACAGAGAUCACAGCUCUUUUCCAGAGCUUUCCAGAGAGCCCCAUCUUGCCCCACUGCCCCUCAGGAGUGGAAAGGGCAGAGAGUAGUGUCCCCAUGCUCCGACAUUCAUCACUUUUGCUGCCUCUACAGUACACGCUCGUCAGCCUUUCAGUCUCUUCCCUGUGCAGGGAGUCCUGGUUGCGGGACUAGGGGCCUUUGCUGUGGUCCAAGAGCGGUUCCACCAUGAAGAAGGUACUGUUACAGUUCGAAGACCUGUCUUUCACCUGGACAUCGAUGCACAGUGGCUGCAGCACUUCCAGUCUCCCACUGAGAUCAUCCCUGGUGAGACGGCGGCAGCCACCUUCCCCUUAUGGCCCCACAUCUGGCAGGGUGUGUUCUCCCUGCUCCUGGGAAAAGGCUGGGAGAAGCAGAACUGACUGCCAAGGUCAUGGUACAGCUUGAGUUCCUCCAAAAGAACCUGUGCCCCAAGAGCUGUUUCUUUAAAGGACCUUUUCUAUGGGAUUUGGUUAUGAAUGUUGCAUGGAAAUGUUGCUUGCUGUGGCAGUGAGGAUGUUCCUUUUCCUUACAGACGAUGUCAGGAUGGAGCCACUGAACUACUGGCGGCUAUCGCAAGCCACCAGCAUCCCGCUGUGUGUGGUGCAGAGCUGUGUGAAAGAGACCAUCCUCUUAUACUGUCUCCUCCUGAGCACCAAAGUGCACGUCCCAUUCGCCUUCAAGGGCAUCGGCAUCCUGACAUGUGAAGAUAACCUCCUUUGCAUGAGGUUCUAUCACAGCUGUGUUACGAUGCUGGAGGGGACUGCAAGCAUGCUUGCAUUGAUUCUCAGUAGAAUUUGGCCAGAACAUCCCAUGGACCUCAGCCGAGAGACCACCACUUACGGGAUCCAGAUGUUUCCAAGGUUUCAGCUGACUAUGAAAAAGAGCAGAGCAGAGGCCACCUCCAGCACAAGAGUUGCAGGAGAGCGCAGGAUCAGCAGAGGUGCAGUGGCCUCUGCUGGCAGGCUGUUGCAGAGAAGGGAGACGUUUCCCCCCUCCAUGCUGCCAAGCUGGGAGCCAGGCACAUGGCAGAAAGAGACAGCAAAGAAGCCUUCUGCCAGCGUGCUGCCGCUGUGUCCAGGCAGCUCCCUCUGGAAGAAGACGUCGGGCCGCUGGGAAGCAGCUCCUCCAGCCCAGCCCAGCACAGCACUCCCUGCAAUGGAAGGCUCUAAGAGAGUGCUGCAGGAACUCUGGGAAGUGUCUGCGCCGUGGGACAAAGUGGAGCACUUGUGGCCUAUGUACCAUAAGGAGGUACUGCAAACACAGGCAGAAAGGACAGCAUGGGACAGCUGGAGCACAGGGAAGGACCAGCAGCCACCCCAGUGGUUCAACGAGGCACGCGCUUGGGCUCCACGUCCUCCAGCACAGCCCAAGCGACAGCAGGCAAGGCGUAGGUGGAGGAAGGCUGAGGGCCCAAUACCAUCAAAUGAAAUGGGAACAGCUUCCAAGCUGGUACUCCAGGCCGGCCUUCUUUCCCCAAGAGCAGCUCAAGUGCUGAGAAGGCUGGAGCCGCACCUACAUCAGCAGGAGGCUUUUGCCAGCAUGGCAGAAAGGAACAGGCAAAAGCAAGCACAGAAGCAGCAGCACCCCUGCUGUCAGUGCUGGUACCGUUUCAGAGGGAAAGAUGCUGAGAACAAUGGUGGCAGCGGUGGAGCUCCCGGCAAGGGGGCUGGGAAGCUGUCCAGCUUUCCACCUCUGUAAAGCAAACAAAGGUGACAUAGGCGCCAUACAACAAGAUAUCAAGGGGAGAGGAACCAAGUCACCCCUCCCAGCAACAUCCUGGAAAAAAGCGUGAGCUGAAGAACACAGCCUGCUCCAGUUCAAACUCUGGCGCGGGGGAGAGAAGGAAGAGGGCGAGGAAAAACAGCACAGACUCAGACUGCAAACACAUUCCUGGAAGCACCGCUGAGUUGGGGAGAGAGGAAGGAGUGGAUGUAGGCUCCCCCCACUCCAGGCACUCACGUGCUCACGUUCUGGUUCAGGCUGUGACCUAGGAAUUCCACUGUACACCUCCGAAUGGAAAAUAAAAUCUAUUGGUGUUUCUCUCAGACAGGCUGCUGGUA